AUGGGUGAAGAAGCUCGAGUUGUAGAUAUAGAGAGCAGCGAAGAGAACGCGACGAGAAGAAACCAUGACUCGGUAGUAGAUUUAUACCCGCUUAGUAGCUACUACUUCGGUUCGCGAGAUGCUGUUCGCGUCAAGGAUGAGAUGAUCUCUGAUCGUGUGGUCAGAUUGAAAUCGGAUUACGCUACUCAUGGAUUGAGGACUUGCGUUGAAGCUGUUCUUUUGGUUGAGCUGUUCAAGCAUCCUCAUGUUUUACUUCUUCAGUAUAGAAACUCCAUCUUCAAGCUUCCUGGUGGUCGUUUGAGACCUGGUGAAUCAGGUUUUACUUUUACUCUUCUUUAA